GCUUCCAAAAGUUAAGGCAUGGAUCGAUGAAAAUAACCCUGGUGAUUUGCUGAUUCCUUUUAGUGCCGCUCUAGAAUAUCGACUUUCUUUACUUCCAACCGCAGAGGAGAAAGAAGAGUUAUUAAAAGAACUAGGGACACAAUCUGCGCUUCCAAAAAUUAUUGUGGCCGGAUAUCAAGCAUUACAAUUAAUGUACUUUUUCACAUGCGGUCCUGAUGAAGUGAGAGCAUGGACGAUUCGAAAACUCACCAAAGCUCCGCAGGCCGCCGGCGUUAUACACACCGACCUACAAAAAGGCUUUAUCCUAGCGGAGACAAUGCGCUUUGAAGAUCUAAAAGAGUUGAAAUCGGAAAAUGCUGUAAAAGCUGCUGGGAAAUAUUUGCAAAAAGGAAAAGACUAUAUAGUCGAAGAUGGUGAUAUCUUGUAUUUUAGAUCGGGGCUUGCAAAUAAGAAAUGA